AUUGUGACUGUAAAUGAAGCAAAUGUGGGCUGUGACCCCAGAGACGUGUCCUUCCAGCCCUCUUCUCUGUUCCAGCUAGCCAGACAUGGGGUUUUGAAGCAACAGCAUCUGAACCUGGCUCCUAACUGGGCUGCUAUCACAGUGGUCCUCUUUGUUCUGGGCUUCCUAAUUGUGAUGCUGACAACCCUGGCUAUAGUGCUCCAGCCUGCUGUCCCCAUCAUUAGCCCCCUGAAGAGCUGGAAGCCGCGAUGGAGGAGCCUGGGCGAGCCACACAUCCCACCAGAGUACAUCCUCCUUAAAGACAGCCUUCAGUUCUACCAGAUGGUUGGUCCUCAUGGUUCUGGAGAAGAUGCUGGCUUUGGAGAAAAAGGAAUUGCACAUAACACAGAAGAGCGUUUUGCACUGAGGGUUCUGGAGGAUUUCAGUGUUCGCACCCUGUACGAUAAGCUGGAAGAUCAAAAUUUGCACCUGGCAUCUCAGCUGGCAAAGCACAGGAUGGAUGUGUUGGUGUUUUACAACGGAAUCAGCCAGCGAAUUCAAAGUCUCAUGGAUAUGGUGCAAGCGCUGGACACUGAAAGCCUGAAAAUCAUUGCCAGGCAAAGGAUUUGUGGGCAUAAACCUGCAGACAGCAGCUGGGCAGCAGUGAGUGUUGAACAAUGUGAUGAACACUGUAGCAACAACUUCCAAGCAGGUUCAUUAGGUGCUCCGUGGCAAGAGGCAACAGAGUUAAUGAAAGCUCUGGAAAUGCUGCUUGGGAACGUUCUGUACAAGAAUGUAGCUGUGAAACAAGAGAUGGAGCAGAAGGUCCAAGGACAGGAUGCGGUGACAGUUGUACCCUCACUGGACAGCCUGGGCAGUGAAAGUAAAUCAGAAGUUGUGGAAGGGCAGGAUCAUGAGCUGCCUCAGCAAUGCGAAUUCUUCGAUAGGAAAGAUGGCUUUUUUAGCUUCCCUGGACACGAAGAACAUGAUUUAGAUCUCCAGUUGACUUAUCUGACUGAGUUGGAGGUGGAGAGCCUGAUAGCAGCUUCCCCCCUUGCCAAGACUCUGUGUGAGAUCAAGCAAGCUUUAGUGAAUCUGCAGCAACCUUCAGACCUUGUUAAUCCAGACAGCAAACAUCAAACAAGUGUGGGGAGCUCAGACCUCUUCUGAGCUGCUGGAGUCUUGGGCCACAAAGAGGGAUGAAGCUCUGUUGCUGGAAAUAAAGAGGAGCUGCGUUGUUCAGAGGAUUGAAGAGACAGAAGCAGAAGUAUUUCAUCUUCUGCAAAGCAAAAUAGCCACCAGCUCAUUUCCUUGAGGAACCUAGCUCAUCCUUGGCAAUGGCUAAAGGUGGAUUAUGGGAGCAUGUGUGUGUGUCUGUGGACAGAGCUGCAGUACCUGAAAUAUCAGAAUAGAUAUGUAUUUGGUUAGAGAUGUACUUGGUUAAAUGUGUAAUGAAUAAUCCUAUUCUGUUUCCUUAACCUGGUUGAAAUACUUCCAUACUUGCCUUGGAUUAUUGAUAAUUUAUAGGUUUGAGAAGGAAGCUGAGAUUCUUGGCAUUGCUUACUAAUUUUAUAGUUUUCAUUGUUAAGUCAGUAAGGCAGAAAAAUUGUGAGGCUGUGGGUGACAAAAGAGCCCCUACUUACCAGUGCGUUCUGUAUAGCCUUUAUGGUCUCUGAUACGGAGGAUAUACGAGAGGUUUUUUCAAGUACAGUUUAAAGCCACAUUUCUAAGCCUUGCCCAGCAUCUCCACAACACCUGUGAAUGUUUUGGAUAUAUACAUGUUGAUCUCAGUAAGGUCUACUGGCAGAGACCUUGAAGGUCUCUAGAGACGUGAUUUUUUUUGAGAAAAGAGUACACUUAAACUAUUCCCAGUAGUAGUGACUUCAGGGAUUAGUGUAGUUGCUGUUGUCCAGUUCUCUGGGAGCCUGACCUUUAAACAGAAAAUGUCCUUCCUGCCAUUCUUAUUCUUUUGGCCUGUCUGCGUGAAGCCCAGAGAGCCUGGCUGUGAAGAGGGCUUUGCUUUUGUGAAACAGGAGCGGAAUCAGAGCACCUGCUCCAUCUCUUUCUGCGCAAUAUUCCUUAGCUCCAAGAGCAGCAACGUAAAAUUUCUUGACUCUGAGCCAGCGCAGUAUCUUGUCAGCCCCCACAGGUAGGCUUCAGGCAGCUGUUUCCAACAGCAAAGCCUAUUAUCUUCUCAUUGCAAUAUUUACUGAAUUGCUCGUUUGUGAACCCACUCCUUCCUGAUUCCUAGGCACAAAUCUGUAUUUGCUCCUUCUGCCUUUGCAUAACUAUAGUAGGUAUUAAGAGAGUCAGACUCCAGUGCCCAGGAGCCAAGACAGAAGCUCUUGGGUUUGCUUUUACUACCUGGUACCUCUGGUGGAUCCAGAUGAACUGCAAGGUGUUUUGCCCUCAUCUGCUCCUUUUGGUGGUUCCACAUUUUCUGAGCUUGCUCCUAAAACCAAAACAUGGUUCCUUUGCAACUUCACCUUGGGAGAAUUUGGGUACCUACUGACACUUUGAAGGGACUUCCAAAAAAUGGGAACCCGCAGGCAAACACUACAAAACACCUGUAGGUCACUCUCUAUGAUUGCCUGUUGUAGAAUAUAGAAGUGAAAAAACUGUCAUUGCUGUCCUCGUUGCUUCCUUUUGUGGUUAACAGCAGACAUGUUUAUAACAGUGCUACAUGGAUGUAAGCAUCUUCAGUGAUUGCUGUCUUUGUAAUAUCCGCAGGGAAACAUGGUACCCAGACAGGUGAUAAAUUUAUCUCUGUGACUUGUGGUCCCAGGUUACAUUUGUAAAAUGCAGGGUGGAAAGCAGUAGUAAAUAAGAUUUGUCAAAUUUUUCAUUGUAACGUCUUUCCAAUGAAAACAUUUUUUUCUUUUGGACCAAAACAAAUAUAUGUGUAUGGAGUUUUGCUAGAAGUUUUAUUUUUUUCCCCACUGUGGUUUUCUAAACAAGUACACUUCAGCUAUAAGUAAACAUUUUUGAGUUUCAAAAUGUUUUGGGUUGGCUUUUCCUGCAAAACAAAAUAAUAUCAAUGAAAAGACCAGUUUCACACAGUAUUUCUUUUCAUGCCCUGUUAAUAGCUUUUUUGGAAAGGAAAGAACAAAUAAAAAGAGGAGUGGUGCAAUCACUGGGUUUUUUCUCCUUUUGAAGUAUUUACUGUUGAUAGCUCUUUUUCUAGUGGCCUGUGGAAUCUUCUGGAAGUCCAGCGCUGUCUGGAGUAGCUGUGAAGUCCCCUCACAUUCAGAAGGGUGCCAUUUCCCUGAGACUGCUGAUAAGAGUGAUUGAGUGCAAGGUCAUUUAAUUUGGAAUUUGGAGAAGGAUCACAGGGCUGUUGGUUUUUCUUCAGUUGCUUUGACUUUUGCCUCUCAACAGAAAAUUGAAAGGUUCUUUUCAACGUUCAGUGUAAAGUUCAGUUUCUCUUGGAGAACAUCAAACACUGCUGUGGCUGUGAGAAGGAAGGUAUGGUUGAGUUCCCUGAAAAGGAAACUCUUUGGUCUAUGGCUGCGUGUGGCUCUUGAGUCCUGAAGUGAGCUGGAUGGUUUCUGCUGAUUCUGUCUUCCAGUGUGAAACUGUCAUCAAGCCUCCCGGUGCAUUCACAAAGCCAGAUAAUGUUCCUGACGAUGCUUGUUGCAGUUACUGAGGCCACCCCUGGCUGUGCUCAUUAUCUGGUUAAUCCUUGCCUCUUAUAUGUACACAGCUAGCGUGCUUUUAAAUGGGGUUAGGAAAAAAGGUCCAAUUAAAAUGUCUGACGAAAAUGUCCAUUUGAAGAAAAUGCCCAAUAAGGAUUUCAUUACUAUAUCAACGUGAUGAAAUGUCCUAACAGCCCACGUCUGCUGGUGGAUUCUUUGCAGGUUGUCACACUCAGUCCUUGAAUACAGGCGUGUUAACUGAGCCUACCAAAUUGCCACUGAUGAAUAUAGCUGUAAUGGCUACCUAUUGAAUUCUCCUAGACCACAGCAAGUGCAGUGUAUUACAAGCCAGCUUAUCCCACAGCAAAAGAGGUUUGUGCUGAGUUAUAUGACCCAACCUAGUUUUUGCCUUGAGAAAAAGCAUACACAUCAAUGUGACUUGGCUGGCUCACCACUAGGAUGAGAGAGAGAUAAUUAUUUUGAGACGGUCCUGAAUCAUAGUACUCGACUAAAAUGCACCCAGACUUUGAGCUGUUUUUUAGAUGUGGGUUACCUUUACAUAACUGACACAUGUCUUGAACUUAAUUGCCAUAACUCUUAUUAGCUUCCUGCCCUUGAACCCUGACUGAGACUUCUGUGUGUUGCAGGUGAAAUUGAAUUGUCAGAUGAGACUGGCCAGGUGAAGAAUUUGCUCCAGAACCAGGACUGCUAUGCAUUGCAGCUCCUGAGUGACAGAGUUUUGUGUACUACUUAGUCACAUAUCUCUCUAUAUUGGAGAUGUUUUCAUUUUCCUUUGUAGCUAAAGAAAUAUCCUCACACAGGUGAAGGUUGAAAGUCAGAGAGGAUUUUUGUUCUAGAUUCCUAGCUUGAGCCUCUGAGCAUCCUUAGCUCCACUCAGAGAAAAUAGGACCUAAUGAUGUUGAACACUUACUGAAGAUAGAACUAAGAUACCAGGAAUUGGACACUGAAAUUAAGGCUGCUUUUGCAAAUGGUCUAGUGGAAGUCAGGAUUGCCUCCACAUAGGACAGAGAUUUCCUGAUAGUCCCAGUUCUACCUCCAGGAAAUGUUCUUUCAAAUGUUUCUGGGUUUAAUACAGUGCUUUUAUCCCUCACAGGACAUGAAGGUUCCCAAGAAGCUGUUUUUACAUGACUGUGGAAAGACCACAACAUUGUCACUCCAAAGUUCCUGGGGGAGGAAUAAAAGCCUGAACUAAAGAAGAAGGUUUUUAAUUUAUAGUCAAAAUGGGAAAUCUUCAUUUCCAGAACUAAAAAACUAAAACUGCCUAAAGAAGAAAAAGCUUGUUUAUAUCUUUCCAUUGUGCGUGAAGUACCGGAGCCACAGAUGACAUGGUGUAUACCACGGAAGUACAAGAAUUAUAUUUGAUCUUCUCUUACCGGCUACUUUUUCUCUUCUCUCUGUAGAUAAACUGGGACAUGGGAAGAUGCAAAAGUGUUACCUACCAGAGUGAAAUCCAGAAAAUAUGGCAAACAAGCAAUCUUGCUUUCAAAAGUUCCAUCUGCAAAAGGUGAAACCUUGCCCUGAAUUAAAUUAAUACUCAUAGUUUCUUUGGGUCCCCAGCAUCUAUCCAUGGGUGUAUUGUGUUUCUAUCACGGGUAAAAGGUGUCAUUUGCCACAAGGCAACAAGAGUAAAACUGUGGCUUCCCCUUCCAAAGAAACUGGGAAACUCUAAUAAUGACAAAUUGAAGGAGUUGUUUGGUACUGAGUUUUGGAGGCCAUCUUAUGCUUGUUCGUUUAUUCCUUGAAGAAGCACUUAAUUUGUUGGGUUGUUUCCUGAAGCCUGAAAUAAUAAAUGCCUCAUUUCUGUGAGAAAAGAGUAGUUUCACUGAGCUAGUUCAUCAGUGAAUCAGUUUGAAACCAGGCACAUGCUUAAUAACUUUACCAAAUGAAGCCUUGCUCCUUGCAGAUACUGGGCUGGUAUGGUGAAUCACAGAAAUUGUCAGGAGGACAAGCUGCAGCUGCAGAUUGGUUCAACUUUAACUCAGUAGUUUUAUGUCUGGAAUUGUUGAAGUAUUCAAUUAACAAGUCCUUACUACUUUUAUCUCAGCUUUUACCUGACCAGCUUCUACAAAUAACUUUAUAAGUCCUCAUAUGAGUCCGUAUCUCCAUCGGAUGGACCCUGUCCCAUCUUUCACACACCUGUUGAAUCAGCAAUCCUGCUGAUUUGCUGUGCUACAUACUUGUAUACAAGCAGCACAAAGAGAAACAUAUUAAAACUGCAUAUAAAAAUUUAGACAAU